AAUUGGGAUAAAAUUUGGUCCCGUCUCUUCGAGAUCCUCGCGCAUCGCUUUACUAUCGGAGCUGCUGGACUCGACUAGUCGAUUACCAUGAUGGACGCAUUGCGAGCGCAGAAGCAGAAGCUGCUGGACCCGGAGAGUGGCCAGCCAGCGGAAGGUUCGCCUGGGCCGAAUUCCAGCUUCUGGUUGUGCCCGAGCCUGUCGUACCAGGAGCGUGUGAUCGGCUGCGUCACGUGCUUCCUGCUGGGCUUUUUGCUGUCGCUGGGCUCAACUUUCCGCCUGGCUAAGCUGGUGCACGGUAAUCCCGCUCCGUUCGCCAUCGCGUACACUAUCGGCAACAUUUUGUCUAUCGGCUGCACGACCUUCUUCGUGGGGCCAUGGAAACAGGUGCAGACCAUGUUCCACUCCAAGCGCCGCUAUUCGGCCGUGGUCUACGUCGUCUUCAUCUUCGUGACGCUGUUGCUGUGCUUCUCGCAUCACAUCCACCAUCGAGUGUUUUUCGUGCUGAUCUCGGUACUCAUCCAGUUCAUGGCACUCGUGUGGUACACGCUUUCGUACGUUCCCUACGGCCGUAGCAUCGCCAGGAGCUGCUGCAAACGCGCCCUGGGCUUGGCUUCUGACGACGACGUGUAAGGCGAACUGGCAGUGUUAAACCGUCUUCUAGUGGGUAGUUUAAGUCAAUGAGAAGAGGGCGGCGACAAGGAACAAGCUUUGUAUCAACGGUCUCUUUAUGUUUUUCUCUGUUGAAUUGCGGCUGGAUUAGUCCGUUUUGGCUCUUGCGCUGGGUUCCUGCUUCGGCUUGUCGCCUUCUGCAACCUGUGUGUGUUUGAGGUUGUUGGCCUCGAUGAUGAACCAGUUGAUGGAGACGGUGAGUCCCACCACGAGGAACAGCAGCACGAAUACGUGGAACGAGUCCUCCAGCUCUGUGUAGAUGACCGCCAGCAUCACAAAGAACAGCAGCGCUAGCACCACGUUCAGCACGAUCACGAACUCGUGGCUUCCUGGCCGCAGCACAUUCUGCAGCGCGCUCCCCAUUGGUGUCGCCGUAAGAGAUCUGUAUCCACGUUAGAAAUCCGUCCAAUAUAGAAACGUUAAAAAUGAUAAGCAAAAAGUUACAG